AUGUACUCUCAAGUGCUUUUGACUGCCUUUGAAAUCGUUGGAAAUCUGGUUCAACGUAGUCUCGCCAGCUACAGGGAAUCCAGGAACCCGAAACAUAGCAGACUCUUGGGCCUCCCAUACGAACUGCUCAUCGACAUUGCCACAAAUCUUGAAUGGAAAGAUAUCCUCCAAAUCCGACAGACGUGUCGUACCUUGAACCGGGUCUCGCGAGAGCGUCCCGUCUGGCUGGCGUUGCUGUACCGCUAUUAUGAAACCAAGUUCCCUCGACCCUUCUUCUUGCCAAAGCCACUUCAUUUCUGUUCGGCAUCCGAUCUCGAACGUCGCAUUACCUGGUGGUGGAAGGGCGUGGAAGGGCUCAUGGAGCCGGUGGAGAUACGCAAGUUCCAGGUUGUGGGCCUUGAGAACGAAGAGUCCAGCACAAUUACCGAAGGGCCUCUUCCGGGAGGGCGGUACUUCCUCUAUACCCUGGAAGAUGGGCGAGUCGGGUACAUUGAUUCGGAGCAACCCCACCCAGAAUUCACCGAGCUUAUACCUUGCCCAAGCAUCCCUCACCUUUGUCAAGGUUCCUAUGUCGCCACCCGCCUCGCAAUUGAUGUGUUGUCGCAGCAGGAGUACGCUCCAGACCUUCAAUCAGUCGCUCCUUUGAGCGACCAGUUAUUCCUCUCAUCUUUCAACCUGGCGCUUCUUCGCAGGGCAAGCGAGACACCGAUUCUCUGCGAAGUCUGGAGGAUCACCGCACGGAUUGAAGAGGGAGAGGUUGUUGGGUAUUUCGCUGACCUCUUGAAUUCCUUCCUCGAGGAUAGUACUGUCCGUCUCACUGGCCCCUGUGCACUGUACGGCAAGAACCUUGCAUUCAACGUUACCUACCCGGCAAAGGUAGUGACAAUUGUUGACUAG